AUGGACAUGGCCUGGCCCAUGACACAGUUGCUGCUUCUGGCUUUGGUGGCUGCUGCGUGGGGUGCCCAGCCCAGGACUCCAGGGGCUGGGAUGGACCUGCUCAACGUCUGCAUGGAUGCCAAGCACCAUAAGACAAAGCCAGGCCCCGAGGACAAGCUGCAUGGCCAGUGCACUCCCUGGAAGGACAAGGCCUGCUGCUCAGCCAGCACCAGCCAGGAGCUGCACAAGGACAUCUCCCUCCUGUACAACUUCACCGUGGACCACUGCGGCAAGAUGGAGCCCACCUGCAAGCGCCACUUCAUCCAGGACAACUGUCUCUAUGAGUGCUCACCCAACCUGGGGCCCUGGAUCCAGGAGGUGAACCAGAGCUGGCGCAAGGAGCGUUUCCUGCACGUGCCCCUGUGCAAAGAGGACUGCCAGCAAUGGUGGCAGGACUGUCGCACCUCCUACACCUGCAAGAGCAACUGGCACAGGGGCUGGAACUGGACCUCAGGAAUUAACCAGUGUCCAACCGGGACCACCUGCCGCACAUUUGAGACCUACUUUCCCACGCCUGCAGCCCUGUGUGAGGGCCUCUGGAGUCACUCCUACAAACUCAGCAACUACAGACGAGGGAGCGGCCGCUGCAUCCAGAUGUGGUUCGACCCGGCCCAGGGCAACCCCAAUGAGGAGGUGGCGAGGUUCUAUGCCCAGGCCAGGAGUGCCGGGGCCCUGCCCCGAGGGCUGGAGCCUCUCCUGCUCAGCCUGGCCCUGAUGCAGCAACUCUGGCUGCUCGGCUGA